AUGGCAUGCAUCACACCAGUUAAGAGCGUCGAGGAAGCCUUGAAUGAUAACCGCACAGUCCGGGACGAAUUCUGUGUAUUCCUCUACAGUGGCAAGGAAGAUUACGAAGAACAAGUCCGGUCCGGGUCACGAGUAUUUAGAGAGAUGAAUGACCUGCAAACGAAUGGGCUCGACUUGUUCCUUGGACAUGAUGAUGAAGGCCAGGAGAGAAGGAAGCACGUGAGAAUAAAUUGGUACAUAAUCUCCGACUGGAAGGCCUUAGCUGAGAUGCAGGGGAUUGUUGGGCCGACUGGAGACUACUUUUGCAUACUAUGCUAUUGUCCCAAAGAAGGACAUUGCUCGGUCUCCAUUUCAGAGUAUCCCCUGAGGACUCUGGAGGACGCUGCACGCUAUGUAACAAACAGACAAGACAGCAAAGGGCAUCGCCAUCUUCCAGUCAUGAACAUCCCUUGUGAGAAUGUCAUUAUUGACACCAUGCACAUGUUCCUCCGUAUAGGCGGCAAGCUUCUCACACAGCUCAUAGGCUGGGCAAUUGACCAGGAUGCCACGGAAAAGUUGGAGCAAGCUAUGAGGGAUAUUGGUAUUGGCACCUUUUACAUAAGAAAGGAAGCAACACAGCAGGGACCCAGUACCUUCAAGUGGAAAACUUUGUCAGCCAAAGAGCUCAAGAAAGCUGUGAAGAUGCUGCCGGAUAAGAUGCCACAGAUCAUUCAAAGCAUAGGCAGAGCCUCUGAGGUGAAGAUCGACAGUCUACAGGGGCGGCAACUAACAAGCAUCCUCAACAGUAAGGGGGCAAGGGUCCCAAAGCUGAUCAGUGAGAGGAAAGCCCUCCUUAAGACCCUUCUGGGAGGAGCAGAAAUGGUAACACUACCUGGGAGGAAUGAGGAUGCUGUGGAGAUUGAAGUGAGGGACAUCCAAGAGCUUUGGCGGGACCUCCCCAGGAUCAUGGACAUUCCCAAGGACCCAACAUUACACCACACCUACCAAAGGGAAGCAAGGCAGUGGGCGGAAAAAUUCCGGGAUACAACAUACGCCGAAGAUAUCACUCCAUACAUACAUUACUUUGCCUGCCAUGCUGGUGCACAGCUUCAACAACACCCAUUCUUGCACUUCGUCAAUUGUGAAACUAUUGAGAAAAAGAAUCACAUCCAGACACGAAGAUAUCACCUGGCAACACAGAAGGGUGGGGGCCGCAAUCCCAGCAAGUGGGCAGAGCAGCUGAUGCAGAUUGAGAACCGUGACCUAUAUGCAGCAUUCCACGGGAUAGGACAGAGACAACGGCGUCAGUGGACCAGGAGAGCUGAGCCUGAAGACCCUGGUUACUUUGGGGGGUCUGGGUCAGAAAGCGACGCUGAGGAGUCUGCUGCAGAGGAUGAGCAAGAUCACGAUGACGACUACGACAACACGGUAGCGUAUGAUGGUGAAGAGGAUGAUUAACUAUCCUGUUGGUGUGCAGACUUC